GUGUCGGGUCUGGAACAUGAGCGGCGCGCCGGUGUACGCGCGAACGAUGACCGUGGUGACUGUUGUCCUCCUCCGUCGCCCACCACCUGUUCGACCAAGGUCCAUGCUAUGCUAUGGAUUAUGGAUGCUUCUUGGCACAUGUUCAUGCGCUCCAUGGCUGUCGAAGAUCGUGAGAGUGCCACGUCCACGCCACGGUUCUUGCUCUCAAGGUUUGCCUGCCCUCGCAAAGGAAAAAGGAAAUGCUGACACUGACAGCGUCAGUCAACUAUUAUGGUCUUUCUUGACGCCAUUUUUCAAUCUCACUUUGUCUUCUUGGGAGCAACGAAUGGUAUCCUAUGCCUACACGCCUACCUCAAUGAUUGGCUAUAUAUUUGUGCAUUCUUCCUCGGUUCUUCCAAUCCUGCACACUCGGUCACUCAACUAAGUUGCACUACCCACGCAUACGCUCGUAUCAUAAUAAAGCUGCUGUCUCUUGUUGGUAUACCUUCUCCUUCUUCUCCUUCUCCCGGCGAUUGCCAGAAAUGGUUCGAAAUUACAGGCUGCUCGACGAAAUGAGGCUGUGGGUGGUCGUCAUAUGGCUGUUUGUUUGUGCGGCGGCUCUUCCUGGCGGCGAGCAGCCGCUGUCGAGGAUCGCAGUUGAGAGAACAACCCUCGCCAUCGAUGACUCGGUGCAUGUAAAGGCGUCCCCGUUGGUUCUUGGGCUCAAGGGCGAGAACAGCGAGUGGGUAGAGGUGGAGUUCUUCCAUCCAAAUCCCUCCGAUGACGACUGGAUUGGUGUGUUUUCUCCUGCCAAUUUCAGUGAUGCGAUAUGCGAGCCUGAAAAUGAGAGGCAGCAACCUCCAGUGCUAUGCACAGCACCUAUCAAGUACCAAUUUGCAAAGUUCAAGAAUGAUGGCUAUAACAGGUCUGGGAAGGGAAACUUGAAGCUUCAGUUGAUCAACCAGAGGGAAGACUUCUCUUUUGCACUAUUUUCCGGUGGUCUGAUGAAGCCCAAGCUGAUUGCUGUCUCAAACAUGGUCACCUUUGCAAACCCAAAGGCACCUGUCUACCCACGUUUGGCACAAGGGAAGUCUUGGGAUGAAAUGACAAUCACCUGGACAAGUGGAUACGAUAUAAAAGAAGCAGUUCCUUUUGUUGAAUGGGGUGCGAAAGGCGGGUCUCAGUUUCUUUCCCCAGCCGGAACAUUAACAUUCAACAGAAAUAGCAUGUGCGGAGCACCUGCUCGAACUGUUGGUUGGCGCCAUCCGGGUUACAUUCAUACUAGUUUCUUGAAGGAUCUGUGGCCAGACUCCAAGUAUACCUACAGGCUUGGCCAUAGGUUACCAAAUGGUACCCACAUCUGGAGCAAGUUAUAUAACUUUAAAGCAUCACCUUAUCCUGGGCAAGAUUCCUUGCAACAAAUUGUCAUAUUUGGAGAUAUGGGAAAGGCAGAGGCAGAUGGUUCUAAUGAGUUCAAUGACUUCCAACCUGGCUCACUGAACACUACUAACCAGAUCAUUAAAGACCUAGAAAACGUUGACAUGGUGCUUCACAUUGGGGACAUUUGCUACGCCAAUGGCUACUUGUCUCAGUGGGAUCAGUUCACCUCACAGAUUGAACCAAUUGCAUCAACUGUACCAUACAUGAUUGGCAGUGGUAACCAUGAAAGAGACUGGCCCGGGACUGGAUCUUUCUAUGGGAAUCUUGACUCAGGUGGAGAAUGUGGUGUUCCUGCGCAAACUGUAUUCUAUACUCCUGCUGAGAACCGUGCAAAAUUCUGGUAUGCGACAGAUUAUGGCAUGUUCAGGUUCUGCAUUGCUAACACAGAAGAAGAUUGGAGGCCAGGGACCGAGCAGUACAAGUUCAUUGAGCAAUGCCUGUCAUCCGUCGACAGGCAGAAGCAGCCCUGGCUCAUCUUUCUGGCGCACCGUGUUCUUGGGUACUCAUCCUGCACUUACUAUGAGACAGAGGGCACUUUCGAGGAACCGAUGGGACGAGAAGCGCUGCAGGAGCUCUGGCAGAAGUACAAGGUUGAUCUCGCCUUCUACGGUCAUGUCCAUAACUAUGAAAGGACAUGUCCAGUCUAUCAGAGCCAAUGCGUCGUUGAUGCAUCGGAUCAUUACAGUGGCCCGUUCAAGGCAACAACACAUGUGGUUGUUGGUGGUGCUGGCGCUAGCAUUGCAGAUUCAGCAUUUACCACAUCAAAUAUCCAGUGGAGUCACUUCAGGGACUUUGACUUUGGGUUCGUCAAGCUCACGGCCUUCAACCAUUCAUCCUUGCUGUUCGAGUACAAGAAAAGCCGUGAUGGCAAUGUGUAUGAUCAUUUCACAAUCUCGCGGGAUUACCGAGAUGUCCUGGCUUGCUCCAUCGACAACUGCCCAAGGACUACGCUGGCUUCCUGAAGCCCCAACACUUCCAAACGGGGAAUCAGUUGAUCUGCUAAUGGUUGCUGGUUUGUGUGUGGCCCAAUACAAGUGUCUAAGAUAUUUACGUAUCUUAGAAACUUGUAUUGGCUACCUGAAGCUCCAGUACAUUCAGACGGGGGAAUCAGUCGAUGUGCUACUAGUUACUGGUGUGUAUGUGGCCCAAUACAAAUCUGUAAGAUAUUUAAAUAUUCCAGUUCUGUAUACGAAAUAAAAUAAACUACACGGUUCUUAAGUUUCA